AUGCUAAACUCCACGUCCAGGUUAUGGAUAAGAAAAUACACAGCUUCCACCGCUAAGGCUGCCGCUGCUGCCGCUGCUGCUACUUCUACUGCCACUUCGGCCACCACCAAGUCGGAUUCACUCAUGGCUGCACACGCAUCUCAUGAGUCCGCCACGCCAUUCGACUACGACGGACUUUUCGACGCUGAACUAAACAAGAAGAGACUCGACAAAUCAUACAGAUACUUCAACAACAUUAACCGUCUAGCAAGAGAGUUCCCACUGGCUCAUCGUCAACUGGAAAACGAUAAAGUAACAGUAUGGUGUUCCAACGAUUACCUGGCUCUUUCCAAGAACCAACAAGUCGUCGACAAGAUGAAAUGGGCUCUGGAUAAGUAUGGUGCUGGUGCCGGGGGUACCAGAAAUAUCGCAGGUCAUAAUAAGUUAACUAUGCAAUUGGAAGCGGAAUUGGCUGCCUUGCAUAAGAAGGAGGGUGCGUUGGUGUUUAGUUCAUGUUUUGUAGCUAAUGAUGCCGUGCUUUCCCUAUUGGGGCAAAAGAUGAAGGAUCUCGUGAUCUUUUCCGAUGAAUUGAAUCAUGCUUCCAUGAUUAUUGGGAUUAAACAUGCAAACACCAAGAAACAUAUCUUUAAGCAUAAUAAUUUGGAGGAACUGGAAGAAUUGUUAAAGAUGUAUCCGAAAUCACAACCAAAAUUAAUCGCUUUUGAAAGUGUGUAUUCUAUGGCUGGGUCCGUAGCUGACAUAAACAAGAUUUGUGACCUGGCAGAGAAAUACGGUUGUCUAACUUUCUUAGACGAGGUCCAUGCUGUCGGAUUAUACGGUCCACAUGGUGCUGGUGUUGCGGAACAUUGUGAUUUUGAAACACAUCGUUUAGCAGGAAUUAAAUCACCAAAUAUGGGUUCUAAACGUACAGUCAUGGACCGUGUUGACAUGAUCACGGGGACCCUAGGUAAAUCCUUCGGGACCGUGGGAGGUUACGUGGCCGCAUCUGCCAAAUUAAUCGAUUGGGUCAGAUCGUACGCGCCCGGGUUCAUCUUUACCACCACGAUACCACCAGCUGUGAUGGCCGGUGCCGCUGAAGCAAUUAGAUUCCAAAGAUCACAUUUGAAUUUGAGACAAGAUCAACAAAGAAAUACCGCGUACGUGAAGCAAGGUUUGAAAGAGUUGGGUAUCCCCGUGAUCCCCAACCCAUCACAUAUCGUCCCCAUCUUAAUUGGGAACCCUGAUUUGGCUAAGCAAGCUUCCGAUAUCUUGAUGGAGAAACAUAAGAUUUACGUACAAGCUAUUAAUUUCCCUACUGUCUCGAGAGGUACAGAAAGACUAAGAAUUACUCCUACUCCAGGUCAUACUAAUGAAUUAUCAGAUAUACUGUUGAAUGCUGUGGAUGAUGUGUUCAAUGAGUUGCAAUUACCUAGAAUUAGAGAUUGGGAAAAUCAAGGUGGUUUACUUGGUGUGGGUGAACCUGGUUUCAAAGAACCUAAGAAUCUUUGGACAGAACAACAAUUGAAUUUAAAGAAUGCGGAUUUGAAUCCAAAUGUUUUCGAUCCCGUUAUUGAACAAUUGGAAGUGUCUAGUGGUAUUCAAGCUUGA